AUCUGGACGUUGGUAGUUGGUUACCUGCUGAUGGUUUCAUUCAAGUGGAAUACAGGCACUGAACGUUACUUGAAAGCAAUCUCUGUCCCUGUCUGGAUUAUGCUGCUCUUUCACUUAGCUUCUGUGGCAGGUUCCUGGAGAAUUCCUGUGUUUCUGGUUAUAGUUGUUCUGAUGACUGUAGGCAUGUUGCACGAACAGCAGAAUGGAAAGGAGUCUUCUGGGGCAGAGCUUCCUGGUCAGAUGAUUUCCAUUGCUGCUUCAACAAUUGCCAUGGCAAUUUCAAUGACAGAAGAUGAGUCCAAUAAUGAACGUUCCUCACAACCCUCAGGAGCAACAGAAGGUGAUCAGCCUCCACAUGCUUCAUCGUCUUUCUCCUCCUCUUCAUCCUCUUCUGGGAGCAGGCAAAGAGCUGAGAUUGGAUCUUUCCUUAGAAGAAAGAAAACUAGUGAUAUUUACUUCGUUACACUUGUGUGGGCCAUUGUCAUUGUCCAGAUCUGGCUGAAUUUCUGGAUUGUGCAGCUAUUGCCGGUGCCUUUUGCAGUUUGGGCACUUAAAAAACUCGUGGUUCACUUUGGAGUUUUGAACUUCAUGGCAAACCACUGCAAAAGUUGGUGGCAACUUGUGGAAAAUUUUGUGAAGGAACGUCAGGAAGCUCUUGCUCCACGGCCCAUCAGAGGGCUCGGAAGAGUCAUGCUAAAGCUUGACAGUAAGCUGUGGCACUGGCUUAAUAAGAAGAUCAUCGUGUGGUUGGAGAAAAUGCUAGAUAAAAUAAUCAGCAUUUUCAUAAUAUUUUUGCUAGUGAUAGGAACCCUUCUGCUAGCCCUGCUCCUUACUGCAAAGGUACAUCAAGAGAGUGUUCACAUGAUUCAAGUCACAAGCAGCUUGAUCAAUGAGACAGUAGCCAGUCAUCCAGAAUGGGCAAACUGGCUUCCAGAAGCCCAGGUUAUUCAGAAGGCACUCAAUUCAGCAGCUAAUAACGUAUACCAGUAUGGCCGAGAAUGGAUUACACAUAAGCUCCAUAAGAUUUUAGGAGAAAAAGUGAAUAACACCGCUGUGAUUGAAAAACAAGUGCUAGAGCUCUGGGACAGGCUUUAUCACUCUUGGUUUGUGAAGAAUGUAACGCAUUCUGGAAGACACAAAGGACACAAAUGGCACAUAAACCGUCAAAACAGCUGGCUUGGUGAUAUUCUGGACUGGCAAGAUGUUGCAUCAUUUGUUCAUGAUAACAUUGAAACAUUUCUUUCGAUCCUGGAGUCUCUGUGGAUAGUGAUGAGUCGCAAUGUGAGCCUCUUGUUUACUACAGUUACAACAUUGGUGACAAUCCUCUUCCACAGCGGGACAGCUCUUCUCAAUUUUGUGCUUUCAGUGGUGAUUUUUUUGACCACGCUGUUCUACCUAUUGAGUUCCAGUGAUGAGUACUACAAGCCAGUAAAGUGGGUGAUAAGCCUGACACCUUUGUCUCAGCCAGGUCCCUCCUCAAAUAUAGUUGGCCAAUCUGUGGAGGAAGCAAUAAG